AUGGUGUCGUUUCUCCGCCUCAGGAGAAGCACCACCAUCCUGCUGGCCCUAACGCUAUCCGUCGUCACCUUUGUGCUGCUCGCCAAUCCAUUGAGCCCCUCGGCAGCCAUCUCCCUCUCGGUUCAGUCGAAGGGCGCCGGGCCUCGAUACCCUCUUUGCAGCAAUCAGACAAGCGCCAAUGUGACUUGGCCGCUUCAGUCAUGGCGGGCGGCAGCCGAGUCCAAAUAUGGCGGGCUGCUGGAAGACAAAUUCACGAUUGCCAUGUCGACGUUCCACCGCCCCAGGGAGCUUCACCGCACCCUGACCGCGCUGCUGGCCGCCAAAAUUCCGUCGCUGCACGAAAUCGUCAUCAUCUGGAACAAUUUUGACGAGAAGACGCCCGACAGCUUCGUCUCCCAGCACGGCGUGCCUGUGCGAUACCGCAAGCCGACCCGCGACAGUCUCAACGAGAAGCUGUGGCCUGACCCUGAAUACCGGACUCAGGCCAUUCUCCUGUCUGACGACGAUGUCUACUACCGCCCCGAUGACCUCGAGUUCGUCUUUCAGAUGUGGCGCAAGUUUGGCAAGGACAGGAUGACGGGCGCGCUGGCGCGCUGCGCGACGGCUCUCCCGUCUGGCGAUUGGGACUAUAACUUUUGCUCCCAGAAGGCACACCAGGACGUCUACUCUAUGGUGCUGACGAACCUCGCCUUUACGCACAUUGCCUUUCUCGACUACUACUUUUCCGAUGACCCUGCCGUUACCAAGAUUCGCAAAUAUGUCGACGAUGCCUUCAACUGCGAAGACAUUGGGCUCAACUUUGUCGUCUCCAUGUUGACCGGGUCAGGCCCCUUGUUAGUCCGAGGGAGCAGUCAGUACAUCAACCUGGACCCUUCCGGCGGCAUCAGCAGGCAGACUGGCCACAUGGAGGCGCGCAGCAAGUGUCUCAACGUCUUCGCCGAAGCCUUCCAGUGCAUGCCGCUGGUCAACGAAACGGGACGAAUAGAGCACGGGGUGAAGCACAAUGUUUGGUAUAAAUCUGUAUGGAACCGCAUCCACGGCUAG